AUGAUUAUUAUGAAUGAAAUAUCGGCAGAAGAGGACAAUUUGCCCACAAUUGUUGUGACGGGGUUUGGAAUAUUCCGUAACUAUUCGUCGAACCCUUCGUGGGAUUGCGUCCAACGGUUGCGACUGAAAGGCGUUAAACUUGUAAUACAAGAAAUACCCGUCGCUUACGAGGAGGUCGACAAACGUGUGCCACAUAUUUGGCAAACAUAUAAACCAUUCCUGGUGAUUCACUGCGGAGUGUCGUGUUUGGCCAAAUGCAUCACUUUGGAGACCAAAGCUCUACCACAACACAUAUUGUACGAUAAGCCCGACGUUUACGGCCGACUCCCGAACGGCAUUCAAUCCGCAGAAAGUGAUCCACAAAAUUGCUAUCAAUCUAUUGAAGCAAACGAUUCGCACGAUUGCAUUGAAUGCGGCAUUGAUUUGAAACAAGUUUGCCAUCGAGUGAACCAACAUUUCGACAAUGGAUUCAUUCCAAUAGUGAUCCACAAAAUUGCUAUCAAUCUAUUGAAGCAAACGAUUCGCACGAUUGCAUUGAAUGCGGCAUUGAUUUGA